AUGGAUGAAAAUAAUAUGUCUGACGAAGACGAAACUUUGACAUAUGAACAACUAAGAGCAAAACGUAUCAAAAAAAAUGAAGAAAUGUUUGAUAUACUGGGAGUAAACCAGGCUGCUAAGACAUUAGCAGAUUGCUUAAAAAAAAAGCCACUUGUUAAAAAAAAUGAACCUAAACCUGCAGCCAUAGAACCUGUUAAACGUUCAAUGAGAAUAGCUCAUUUGCCAAACCCUCAAGGUUCUUAUUACUCAGGUAGAUUUAGUAUAUCAAGACGAAAAGAAGACUCAUAUUUUGUUGAAAAAUUGAAUGACGACGUAGCCAUUAAAGAACCUGUUAAUGAUUUUCAUAGAUUAGCAAGUAAAAAAUUUGUUCAUGUGCUAAGAAGUCUUGAUAUGAAUAUACCACCAAUAAAAAUAUCGGAAUUUGGUAUUCAAUCUCUUGCUAUUCAUCCUUCAGAAACAUCUCUUAUAAUUGCAGCAGGGGACAGGAAAGGAAACAUAACAUUGUAUGACAGAAAUUCAGAAAUGCAAAUGUCUAUGGUUCAUAAAGCUCAAGUUAAUUGUAUUUCAUUUUGCACUUGGGAUAAAAACAAGUUGUUUUCAACUAGUCAUGAUGGGUCUGUUGGAUAUGGUGACACUGUUAAACACACUUUUGAUAUUAUUUAUAAAUCAGAACGGAAGUGUAUAAGUAGAUCAAAUAUUAAUCACACCACAUGGCACAGUGACUGUGAAAGAAAUCUUCUCAUUGGAAAUGGUUCUGGUCAUGUAGAUAUGAUUGACACACGAUUACCAGAUAAAAUUAUCAACUCUGCCUGGUGCCAUCAAAGAUCUGUGUGUACAGUUCAGUAUCACCCAUUGUUAAAACAUUACUUUUUAACUUCAUCUGAAAUUGGGGUGGUUUCCUUAUGGGACAUAAGAAGUAUGACUGACAAACAUAUAAAUCCAGUUCUACAAUUUAAACAUCCAAAAGAAUUGACAAGUUCAUUUUUUUCUACUGAUGGAACCAAGAUGGUGUCAACAUGUAUUGAUAACAAUAUAAGGAUAUUUAAUACCGAAAAAUUUAAUUUGGAUGCUACAAAACCCACGUACAUAAUUCCAUAUUUUAGACAAUAUUAUGAACAUAGUUUACAAGCCAAAUGGAAUCCUGGAAGAAAUGAUGCAUUCUUCAUUACAUCAAUGCUAUGGCCUGCAAGAAUGCAAGUUUAUGAUUGUGAGGGAAAUGUAUUGCACGAUCUAAUCUCUAAAAAUUUGAAGAGUCGUUGCAUAGUCAUGGAAGUUCAUCCCACGCAAGCUAUUUAUGUCGGAGGCAAUACAUAUGGUCGUUUACAUAUAUUUAGCACCAAGAACCAACUAAUAUAA